GUUAACCUUAAAAAAACCUCAGGUUUGUUAACCAUUGUUUACCACGUGUUAGUACAGUUGGUAUUUUAUCUUGUAAAGUUUCUAAUAAUAAAACAAUUAUGACAAAAAUAAGGAGGCAGAAGAAAAGGAAAGUUUACAACUACGAUGUUAAUCGAAAGAGGUUGAACUGUAGAUCGAAGAAGAGGCCAAAAAUUACCUGUGAGCCUGUAAAAAGUGAAUGGAAUGGAAGUUUAUCAGUGAAAGCGAAUCUUUCAGUUAUGGGUCUUAGUUUUGAUCCCAAUGAUACAGUUAAAAUUACAAAGAAAGACGAACCUACGGAACCUGAACCAGAAGUUAAGACAAAAGUUGUCGAGCAGCUGGAAGCUGAAGCGAAAAUACGCGGUCCAAAAAACUUCCGGUUGCCGAACAGCCAAGUCCACUGGCUUACUAAACUUUUGCUCAAAUACGGUGACGAUUACAAGGCUAUGGAGAGAGACAGGAAGUUAAAUUGCUUUCAAGAAACAAGCAAGCAGCUCAGGGCAAAGAUUAAGCGUUUUGAAAAAAUUCCGGAACAGUAUGAAGAAUAUUUACGUAAAAAACAGGAAGCUGCUGACCAAUAAGAUUAUUUUUAAUUCAUA